ACAUAUUGAUUAUCAAUUAUUAAUUGAUUCAUUUGGGUAAAUUACGUGAAAUAGCAAAAAAAAAUUAAAUGAACAAAGUAGAAAAACGGAAAAACAUUUAUCAAUGUUUAAUAUUGUUCAUAUUAUUAAUAAUUGUCGUUAAAUUUUAGUCAGAGUUUCUUGCUGCACAUCAUGAUUAUAUAGAAAAAUUUCAAGUUGUUGAACUUCAACAAGAAUUAACAACAAUACAACUACAUUUAACUCGUUUUCUUUUCUCCGAUGGUUUUGAAUAUAUGUGA